AUCGUAGUAGAACCGUUCAAGGAGUACAACUUACUACUACAAACGUUAUGAAUGUGUGUAAAAAACUCGCCGUCGCGAAGAUCAAUUCCUUGUUUCUUGUAUAAUACGACAUUGUCGAGUAACAGUCGAUACAAUUCGCAUGAUUAAGUAAUGUGGUUAUCAGUUUAAAAAAAUCAAUAAAGUGAAAAGAUAUGUCUAAAGAUUCUCGAUAUACGCCAGUUAAUACAAAUCCAGAUAAAAAUCCAACAUGGUGGAAGCGACGUACAAGUAUGGAAAGGUGUCUAACCUUAUCAACGGGUAUUGCCCUUCUUAUUGGAAUCUCCUUACUCAUAGCACUUGCCACAGUAUUAUAUAGCAGAGAUCAACAAGUUAGUAAUAAACCGUACACAGCUGAACCACUACAAGGAAAAAUAGUCACAAUUACAUCCCAAGAUCACGAAGAUGAAAAAGUAUGUUUAAGUCCAGGGUGCAUUCAUACUGCAUCACGUGUAUUGGAAUAUAUGGAUGAAUCAGUAGACCCUUGUGAUGAUUUUUAUCAAUUUACUUGUGGUAAUUUUAUCAAGAAGACAAAUAUUCCUGAUGACAAAUCCUCAGUAACUUCAUUUACUCUUAUUGGUGAUGAACUUCAGGAGCAAUUGAGAACUAUGAUCGAGGAGCCAAUUCAAGAAGAUGAACCAAAACCGUUCAAGCUUACCAAGAAGUUAUACAAGGCAUGUAUGAAUAAAACUUUGAUUGAAGAGGAUGGAAUGACCACCAUUAGCGAAGUUCUGAAACAGUUGGGUGGUUGGCCUGUUUUAGAAGGAGAUUCUUGGAAUGAAAAUGAUUUUGAUUGGAAGAACUCUGUAUAUAAAUUCCGAAAAGUAGGUUAUGGUGUAGAUUAUUUUAUCGAUUUUUCUGUUGUUGGAGAUGUCAAGAAUUCUACCAAGAGAGUAAUUGAUUUGGAUCAAGCAUCUUUGGGUCUAAGGCGGGAAUUCUUAAUCAAGGGACUCGAUGAAAAGAUAGUCAAGGCCUAUUACGAUUAUAUGGUUGAUUUAGCAGUGCUGUUUGGUGCUGAGCGCGAGAGAGCAGCUAAAGAAUUAAGAGCUUCUCUCGAGUUUGAAAUACAGUUAGCUAAGAUAUCUCUUCCAAGUGAAAAACGUCGUAACAUGACAGCCUUAUAUAAUCCUAUGACGAUUGAACAGUUGCAAGAAAAAUUUAGAAGUAUUCCUUGGGUAGAAUACAUUAACAAUCUUCUAGCUCCUGAUACAACAGUAGAAUCGGGUGAAAUUGUAGUUGUAAACGUUCCGUCGUAUCUUAAAGCUUUCGAAACUCUAGUUAGCAAGACUUCAAAGAGGGUACAGGCUAAUUAUGUAAUGUGGAGAGCUGCAUCAAACUCAGUGUCAUAUUUAACAGAACGUUUAAGAAAAAGGCAAUUAGACUACACUGCAGUCAUUACUGGAAAAACAGAACGAGAACCCAGAUGGAAAGAGUGCAUUGAUAUUACUUCAGUCAGCUUGUCCAUUGCAUCUGGAGCUCUUUACGUGAGAAAGUAUUUUAACGAACAAGCUAGACAGAACGCUAUUGAUAUGGUAAAAGAUAUCAGGGCAGAGUUUCAAGAUAUUUUAAAAGUUGUUGAUUGGAUGGACGAAGAAACAAGAGAAAAUGCAUUGGAAAAAGCUAAAUCUAUGACGUCGCAUAUUGCAUACCCUGACGAGUUACUCGAUGAUGAAAAACUCAAGGAAUUUUAUGAUGGUCUGGAAAUGGACCCUAACCAAUAUUUUAAAUCAAUUUUAAAUCUGACUCUAUUUGGAACAAGAUUUUCAUUUAAAAGAUUGAGACAACCUGUAAAUAAAACCGACUGGAUCACUCACGGAAGACCUGCCAUUGUUAACGCAUUUUAUUCAUCUAUUGAAAAUAGUAUACAGUUCCCUGCUGGUAUUCUUCAAGGAGUAUUCUUUAACGCUGAUCGUCCCAGAUAUAUGAACUAUGGUGCAAUUGGUUUUGUUAUUGGACAUGAGAUCACACACGGUUUUGACGAUCAAGGUAGACAAUUUGAUAAAGUGGGAAACUUGGUAGAUUGGUGGCAAGAAACAACAAAAAAACGAUUUGUGGAAAAAGCUCAAUGUAUUAUUGAUCAAUAUGCUAAUUACACUGUUCCAGAACUGAAUUUAAAUCUAAAUGGCAUUAACACACAAGGCGAAAAUAUAGCGGACAAUGGCGGCAUCAAAGAGGCGUACUUGGCUUACGAUCGCUGGGUAAAACGGAAUGGGGAAGAGUACUUUUUACCUGGUCUCAACUACACCGGCAGACAAAUGUUCUGGUUGUCUGCCGCAAGCAUUUGGUGUUCGGUAACGAGAAAAGAAGAACUCCAGCAAAUGAUCAUCACCGACGAGCAUGUACCUGAUAAGUUUAGAGUUAAUGGGCCUCUCGCUAAUAUGAAGUUUUUCGCGGACGAUUUCAAUUGCCGGAAAGGAGCUCCGAUGAACCCAGAACAUAAGUGCCAAGUGUGGUAGUUGAUAUAAAAGUUUGUCCUGUAUUAGGACGUAGAGUUUAAUAUUUGAAUGCUGCUUUGUAUUUUUAACAAGAGCGCACAGCCAUCACCUUAGGCAAUAUUUUUGAUAUUUCUGGAAUCUCUUACAUCUACACUCUAAUAAAACGAUUUGAUGAAAUGGUUACAUUUGGUCAUUUUUAAAACAAUAUUACCACAAAUAUUGUAUUUUGUGCAUAAUCAUAAAUACUUCCUCUGUCUUAUUAUAAACAUGUGAUGACGUAACGUUUUAACAGAUCUAAUUCAUUGCGAUAACUUUUUCCAAAUCAUGUGUGUAAUAACUUAAGAUAUGUAAAGACCUUUUAACUUUUGGGAGGUAAUAUUCACUUUAAUACGAUAUUUGUGUUAAUUUAUCAUAAAUCCAAAAGCAUUUUACAGUAAUUAGCAAUUGUUUAUUGUCUUUGCCUACUAUUGCCUACUUAAGUGAUUUUUCCGAUGGAACAGUAUUUCUAUUAGGAAUUAAUACGUGUGUACGUAAGAAUAUUUAUUUUUAGGCACUUGAUAUCUUAUUAUUUUGGCUUAAGCAUUCAAAAGUGCCACAAUGUUAAAGUGUUAUAAAAAUUAAUAUGUUUAUAGAUCUGUUAAAGGACAAAACAUUUAGCGCUGAUAGGUUUACCAAAAAGUAUUAUAAAUUCGAGCUGAUGAUAUUAUGUAAUAUUUUUAAUAUGUUGUGUUUGUUAAAAAAAUCCGAAAUUUUUCAUCAGAAAUCGAAUUAUUUGGCGUAAAUAUUGUUAUGUAUCAUUUAUAUAUCAUCAAAAUAGGAUUUAUAGAUAAUUAAUAUGCCCAAAUUAAUUUUCAUAUCUUUCUCAUUUUUGUAAACAUCUUACAUAUAUACUUUUGAUGCUGAUUGCGAGUCAUUGCUUCACCAAUUGCCGUUGGAAUCAGCCAUCGCACCAAUAUUCUGAAUUUUAGGAUAAACAAUUAUGUCACACAGAUACUGCUCGGGCUCUAUCAUUACCCUCCUUUUUAUCUUCCAACAUGGCGUUUUAAGAUUACCUCAACCAUUUUGAUCAAAUAUUUUGUAUUUAUCUAUGCUUUUCUAAUGUCUUUUUCUCCACAUUUAUUAUUUUCGGAGUUUGCGCUUUCUAUUCUUUUAUUGAAUUUAAUGUACAAAUUUGUUUCUAGUUUGGCAACAGUUAUAUCUUUUGUUAUUUGGAUGGAUUUUACUUAAACCAUAUACAAACGCAAAGAACUUUGAAAAAUAAUAUAAAAUAAACUUUUUAUUCAUUAUUUUUUUUUACAUAUUUUUAAGCAGGAUUUUUUAAAAUAGAUAUUUAGAAAAUAAUUUUCUUAAACAGAAAUCAUCAGAUCGUUUUUUAUAUAUAUUUUACAGUGUUUUAAAUGGAUUGGUAUUGACUUUGAUGUAAUAUAAAGGCGCAUUUUUAUAAUAAAUAUACUUUUGG